AUGACAGUUCUUUGUCGGGAUCAAGCCACAUUCGUUGAUCUUAUGGGUCGUGUUCACUACUCAGAAUGGCCUCUACUUUCAACCGCUAUCCUGGAUGUCCAUGACCACAUCGUCCCUGCAAGACCCGGUCAACGAUUGGCACACAAUCUCAGCAGUUGGCAACAAAGAGCGAUACACGAUAGCAAUGAUACCAUAACCUUUUCGACCCACAAAGACGUGCGACAAAGUCAAUCUCAAUUAUUGAUCAACAUUCUCCAUGACGGCCGAAAUGUCUUUCUCUACUAG